CCCUAUACAAUUGUAUACGGAUAAACAAAACAAACCAAAGAGUGAGAUAAUAGUGUGAACAUAAUAAAAAUGAAACCAACUCCUGUGACGUGAGAAGAGAUUGCCCCAGACAAGUACGCGGAACAUAGGCUAGACAAGUUAAACGGAUUUGAAUGCGAAAUGCGUUUUGUGCUAAUAUCAACCCUCUUCCUAUUUCUCAUGCCCAUCACUGGAUCAGGAUGGGUCGAGGGAAGUAAUGUCCUUCUAGAUCCCCAACGCGAAUGCCGCAAGUCCAAGAGAGCCAGAGGCAAACUAGCAGAUAUCUGCAAGAAUGGCACAUCCCUCCUCAAAGAGAUAACAAAUGGGAUUUCCAUGAGUUUUGCUGAGUGUCAGUAUCAGUUCCGGUACAACAGGUGGAACUGCAACAGUCAGCGAAGGAGCCUCAAACGAAUAUUGGCCCGUGAUACGCGAGAGACGGCGUUCGUGAAUGCCAUCACAGCUGCUGGGAUUGCCUACACGCUGGCCAGAGCUUGUGCCACGGGCAAUCUGGUGGAGUGCACAUGUCACGCCAACAGCAACACCUAUCCGCCCAGCAAGAUGAAGAAGUGGAGAAAGUAUCUCAUAGCACCAGAUGAACAGUGGGAGUGGGCGGGAUGUGGAGAUAACAUCAACUUUGGGGUGAAUAAGUCCAAGAUCUUCCUCGAUGCGAGGUACAGGCGAAAGAAAGACAUUAAAGCUCUAGUCAAGACGCACAACAACAUCGCUGGAUUGCUUGCAAUCAAGAAGCACAUGCAACUCAAAUGUCGAUGUCAUGGGAUGUCAGGUUCUUGUACAAUGCAAACCUGCUGGGUGGUCAUGCCUCCGUUCCGGGAAGUAGCAGAUCGCCUACGGGAACGCUUCGACGGGGCAGCCAAGGUGAUCGCACGCAACGAUGGCACCAGCUUAAUGCCCGAAGGUAGAACCAUCAAGCCACCAACAAAGGAAGACCUAGUCUAUGCAGAGGAGUCCCCUGACUUCUGUCGACCGAACCACAGAACCGGCUCCUUAGGUACCCAAGGCCGGGAGUGCAAUGCCACAUCCCUGGGCACGGAUGGAUGCGAUUUGCUGUGUUGCAAUCGUGGCUACAGGGCUGACCUCGUGACCCGCAAAGUGCCCUGCCACUGCACCUUUGAGUGGUGUUGCGAGGUGAAGUGCAAAAUGUGUGAUGAGCGCAAGACACGCUACACCUGCGUGUAGUGGAAAAUCUCUUCGUGGGAAAUUCUUCGGGAAUUUCGUGAAUCAGUGCUUUUUUUUCUAUCCAUGGAAUUGAACCAUCAGACCCAGCUGACCUCUUUUAAUUGCCGUGCUCGUUUUUACCCUCCAAAAUGACUCUACAAAAUUCCACGAAUGUGCCAACACACAAUAUUCAACAAUUCCCUCGAUCAGUGACUCUUAUAUAGUGCAGAAAAAAACACGAAUAUUUCCGCUUUCACGAACAAUUCACUCAAUGAGGAAUUUUUUUGUGUGCCCGAGAUGAUCCACAGAAAUGUAGAAGAACAAGGAUGUGUAAUUCUUGUGCAAUGGAAGACUGAUGAAAAGAUGACAAUGAUAUUCUCUUAAAAAAUACUUAUAGU